CGAAUGAGCCCCUCCCAGACUUCAUUCAGAGAAUGCACGACUAUACAGUCGCACUCACCCGUGUCAAGGAACAGCAAGAGGCUACCGCAACCGAAAGACUACGGCUAGCAGAGGAAGUUGCAACACAAACCCGGCGUCAAGCCGAGGCAGACCAGUUGGCGAUCGACCAGCUCAACGUCGACAACGCUGAACUUGUAAGUGUUAGUCAAGCACAAUGGACAUCGGUACUCAAUGGGAUACGUUAUGUCCCCGUACCUGGCAACGAGCCAACGACAGUGCAACAGGAGAGGCAAGACCUGGCAGAUAUUCUACUCAAUACAAUGCGCGCCGUCAUUUGGAACAGCACCAUGGGGGAGCUGCAUUCCCAGGCCACACGGCAGUUGCAGCACGAUCUGAGCCACAGCGUGAAGACGCUUGCAGCAGCUGUCAAGGUCGCGGACAACCAGCUGAAACAGCUGGAUGCACGCAUUGCUACCUUGGAGGCAAGGCCUCCCCAAGCAGCGCCAGACUGCACGACAGAUAUGACAGACAUGAAGAAGCAGCUCAAUGGGCGCAUCGAUCAUGUCGUCAAUCUCAUCGGCGACAUAGGUGUUUUCAAUGGGCCGGACACGAUCAGUAGCACGGUGGCCGCCAUCAAAACGGACAUCACCAAGCUGCAGACGAGACCGGAGGCCGCUACCAAGAAUUUCAAGAUGCCGCAGUUCACCAUCAGCAAGUUCGACGACUACAACAAGACCGACGCUUUGACAUGGUGGCAAGGUUUCCUCACGGAAGCAUCCUGCCGCACUGUCCCGACUGACGGCAUGUUGAAGGCGCUCUACCUACAACUAAUUGGAGGAGCGCAGGCAUGGAUGAAUCACCUGGCGGCUACCAAGCAAUGCGCUAUCGCCGAACUCCACACGCACAUUACGUGGAAGGAGUUCGAGCAACUAUGGAUCACCCGAUUCAUGGUCCGCAACGUCGUGAAGGCGGCCAUGAACGAGGUGUACACUUGCUCACAGGGAAAUAUGCCAACUCGAGACUGGAUGAUUAAGUGGCAGAAGAUAGUGACCACGCCAGGCUUCGAUUUGAGUUUUACAAACCAACGAUCCGAGUUCUUCUCGCAAUCAUGCGUAGGAUUGCGGUCGGCAUUCGGCGACGAGUACGACUAUACCUCGUUCCAGGUUAUUCUGGACCGCGCAAACUUGGUCAUCCAAACGGACGACAAGGCCGCCAACGAGAAGCAGUCCCAGUCGCACUAUGUGGCUAAGCCGGCCUAUCAACGACCAGCACAUAACAAUGUUGUGAUUUCUGAAGAAACAGUCGAUCUCCACGCUGCAGCAGCAUCCUCGAGUGAUGGAGGAAUUGUAGCAGCGCUCCCGCCGAAGCGUCCCAAGAGAGUUCGGAAGAACAAGGCGACACAAGAGACGRCAUCGACGGGAACUGGGCAGCAGCCAUGGACGACAUACAAGACAACCAAGGAAAUCUUUGACUUACGUCAACGGUACAGCGGGACCUGUAGUGCCUUGAUUGAUUGCGGAGCGUCUCGCAACUUUAUGAGCCAAGCCUUUGUGGCCCGCGCAAGCCUUGGCCCGCGCGUUCGAAGGAAGACACAACCUACGCAAGUUACACUCGCGGACGGCCGCACACAAAAGUCAAUUGACCGAUGCAUCGACGGCGUCCUGAUAUACUUUGCGCCACUUGCGUGCGAGCUGGUGUCUUUUGAUAUCCUCGACACCAAGUUCGGCAUGAUUCUAGGCAUGUCUUGGUUGCGUAGCGCCGAUCAUCCGGUGAACUUUCAUGACCGAACCGUUCACAUCCGUGAUCGGAACGGAGUGUUAGUCCCAUGUACGGUCGCGACCCCUCACACUUCGAUUGCUUGUCACGUGGUUUCCGUUGCGCGAAUUCGCGAUGCCAAAGCUCGGAAUGACGUCGAGGAGAUGGACCUUGUAUUCUUGCAUGCUCUCCCCUCGCCGGACGGACCAGCCGCGUCACCGCCGGACCCACGCAUUUCUCACCUCUUGGACGAGUAUAGAGACAUCUUCGAGGCUCCCACCGGAACGGUUCCGGAUCGGCCCAUACGUCACGGGAUCACUCUCGAGGCUGGCGCCGUCCCUCCGCGUGGAUGUAUCUACCGCAUGAGCGAAGAGGAACUCGAGGUGCUUCGCGCACAACUUGAUGAACUUCUCGACAAGGGCUGGAUUCGCCCUAGUUGUUCGCCCUACGGUGCCCCUGUUCUCCUCGCCCGGAAGAAGUACAAAGAUCUACGGUUAUGCAUCGAUUAUUGUAAACUUAACGCACAAACCGUAAAGAACGCCGGUCCUCUCCCUCGGAUUGAUGAUCUUCUUGAGCGGUUACGCGGCGCGACGUACUUCUCGAAGUUGGACUUGAAGUCAGGUUACCACCAGAUUGAAAUCCAUCCUCAAGAUCGGUACAAGACCGCGUUCAAAGUGCAGUACGGGCAUUUUGAGUGGGUUGUCAUGCCCUUUGGCCUCACCAAUGCCCCCGCGACUUUCCAAGCAGCGAUGACGACUGAGUUUAGCGACUUGCUCGAUCGCAGCGUCCUCAUCUACCUUGAUGACAUCUUGGUUUACAGUAGGACGUUGGAUGAGCACAUCGUACACCUUCGCGUUGUUCUGGAUCGUUUGCGACUAGCCAAGUACAAAGCGAAUCUCGACAAGUGCGAGUUCGCCAAGCAGGAGCUCGAGUACUUGGGUCAUUUUGUCACGCUGAAAGGCAUUCCUCCCUUAGCGGACAAGAUCCAAGCCAUCGUGGAUUGGUCGGAACCCCGUUGCACAACGGAUGUACGCUCUUUCAUGGGUUUGGUUGAAUAUUAUCCGCGAUUCGUCGAGUCAUACUCGAAAGUGGCCGCUCCUUUGUCGAGACUUCAGUCCCCGAAGGCUGCCGACCUAGACGUCCCUUGCUCUCCCGCUUCCGUUCGGAAGUACCGGGACUUGCUGAUCAAAGCCCGCGCGAAUAUGCACAAGGCUAAGAUGCGCAUGCAGCAGCAGGCUAACCGACGUCGACUUCCAUGUCCUUUCCGCGAGGGAGACCUUGUUGGGGUCCUCUCCGAGGAAUUUGCGCUCGAGCAGGACGUUUCACGCAAACUACUUCCGAAAUGGUUCGGACCAUGGGAAGUCACUUCUGCCGUUGGAGACGACCCCGCAGGUCCUUCCUUUGUGGUCAACAUUCCUCCGCACCUUCUAGUGCACCGGGUCUUCCGCGCGUCGAAGCUGGCCAUCUACACGCCACCUUCCGCCGACGAGUUUCCCGGCCGUCGAUCACAGGAUCCGCCUUCUAUGGACGGACAUCAGGAAGUCGACCGAGUCAUCACGCAUCGCAAGUAUGACUACAAGCCAAUGCAGUUCAAAGUCACAUUCAAGCAAUGUGCGCCUGAUGACACUCGGUGGAUCUCCAGUACAGAUUUGCAGACUUUUGCACCCCUUAUCUUCGCCGACUAUGAGAAGCGACACCUUGCUAAGGAAGCAGCUCGUCCCGCCCGACCCACCUCGGUAUCGGACAGACAACUUUGCCCUCGCAGGUAGCUCGGUCUUUUAAGAGGGGGAGUGUGUUACAUCUUCGAUGCCACACAGGUCCUACCGGACCCGACUUAGGGUUAGAG